AUGACUUUUUAUGGAGAUGUCAGAAAAGUAAGGACAAUUAGUAAUCCGUCGAAACGUGAAAUAAUGUAGAAAGGAUCUUUCUGUUCCUAUGCGGGAAAGAAGAACACUUAAUGAUCCAUCGAAACAUAUAAUGAAAGUACAAGACAAACUAUGCAACUAUAUUGCUGCCAUCAAUACUAGUGACAUUUGUGAACGUUAUAACGUUCUAAGUUCGCAUGAAAAUUAUCCCGAAAGGCGUUCAAGUUAUUAAUUGUUGGAGAUAGGAAAUUAGUUCUAUCUUGGAUCGGUAAUAUACAACUAUAUAGAUAAUAAUUUUGAUACUAUGAGCAUCAGCUAUAGCUAGAGAAAGUGAGAUUUCAAAAAAAUAACUGAAGUUCUUUCUAUAGCAGUGGAGGGCUUAAAGGAGAAUGUACAGUUUCAACUAUAAUAAAGUACUUAAAAUGGAAACUGAAUGACAUGAAAAUUUGUUAAGUUACAUGAAAUUUUGUCCGCAGUAGUUAUAAAAAUCAUUUACGUUCUUCAAUGGAUGAUUCCUGCUCGACUAAUUUUUUAUGUAGACAAGAAAGACGAAAUCUAUCAUUAUAGCUCAAAAGAGCAUCCUACAGUCAGUAAAAUUGCAGAGUUUGGUCGAAAUGUUGUAAAAUACGAAAAAUAUAGCCCUGUGAAAUUAGCAAAUUUUGAGUAUUUUAGUCAUUACGCGAGGAAAAAAUGCACCACUUUUGAGCGGAAUUCGUAUUUUACAACAUUUCGCAACCAAACUUUUCAAUUUUACUACUGAUUUUAGAAUGCUCUUUUGAGCUAUAAUGACGGAUUUCGUCUUUCUUGUGUAGAUAAAAAUUACUCUAUAGCUGAAAUCAUCCAUUCAGACAUUCAUUCAUGCUCAUCUUCGAUGCAGAGCCCCCACAUUUUCUGUUUUGGACAGAGAAAAUUUUGUUUCCGAAGAUUUGGCUUCUGCAGUAUGGUUUAGAAUAAUUUCAGAAUACAUACUGUCUUGUUAUAACUAGAUAAGAACACCCGAAAGAAGUUAUCACAUUGUGGAGAUAAGGAGUCAAUAAUUAUUAGAUUUAUCUUGGAUUGGUAUAAUAAGACUAUAUAGAUAAUAAUUUUGAUAGUGUGAGCAUCAGCUAAAGAGAACUCCGGUAAGAUUUCAAAAAAUCACUAAAGCUCUCUCUUUAGCAGCGGCUUAAAAUAUAAUUUACAGUUGAAGGAGUGGGGAUUAGCGAGGGGGGAUGGGGUUUCUUGAAGGAGUGGGGUUUAGCUCGGGGGGAUAGGACUUGAUAUAGAGAAUUUAAAGUUACAACAAAUUAAGUACUUAAUAUGGGAAUAAAUGACGCUGAGCCAUAUAUACAUUUCAAUAUUUUUAACCAGCACUCACCAGUAGUUAUGGAAUAACAUUUACUUUCUUCUAUUCAGUCAAGCGACGAGUAUGCAGCUUACGUAUCUGACGCAUAUCAUGAUGAUCAAACAAUAGUGAGUAUAAAUACCGUGGUAUGAUUUGGCAUAAUUUUAACAUGGAUAUUGCAUGAUAUGACUGGAUAAGAACUAAAGAACACCAAAGGUGCAUGUGAACAUCAGCCGAACUUAAAGAAAUAGUGAUAAGGAUAUUGCCAUAAAAUCGCUGCUUGACUUGCGUCUGAUCGAUGCUGCAACACGUGUUGUUAAAUUCUUCCCAGACGGCUUAAAAUUCUUGAACCCAGCCGAUCUCACAAUCACAUUUCAAAACACUCUCUCCAAUACUGAACUUAAAUUAGGUACUUAAUAUGGAAAUGUGACACCUGUCACCAUACAUGUUGUCCCUCCAAACGAUCCCAGAAUGCACUGUGAUCUCUUUUGGGAAAGGCUAAUUGCAUUUAUGUAAAGCCACGUGACCACAAAUCAGGCAAUUACGUUUAGUGUUCACUCUAGUUAUAUAACAAUGCAUAUUGGAAGUGUGCAAAAAUGACCCAUAUAUUUUUAAAAGCAAAUACAUAGGGAAGAGUAGAAACAUUUAACUUGAAAUUAUAGCAUUACGGGGACACCUUGUAUAGAGAACUUUUUCUUAGGAUUUUUUAAUACUUGUCUGUCAGCCCCGGAAGCGACAAGGAGUUCUGGCAAUGAAAAAUUAAUCAAGCAACUUCAUCAUGGUUUUCCUAUCCCUUCGAUGUCGGGGAACAUAGCAAGUUGACAAGUUUUUUAAUUGUUUUUCUGAAACUUUGACCUCUGCAUAUUCAUAUUAAAUAAUUUUGUGUUUUUAAUUUAAAUUUCACUGAUCACACAAGAGGUUUUUGAUGAUAUUUAGUAGUAUAGCUCAUCUCAUUAUUCAGAACAUACGUAUAAACGCUUUCGCUAACCGCCCUUGUCACAAUUAAUACAUUUAUUUUUUAUAUUUUUAGUGGCAUGAUGAGGGAGUAAUGUUUGGUCAUGCUGGUACUGUUACUGUUGGUCAAGCGCCUGUCUCGGUAAUUUUUCCUGACAAGCUCUUCUUGACAAGUUUUGUUUUCUCGUGUGCAUGUAUGGUAAAAACUUGGGGCAAUUUCUCCUUGACAAGAAGCAUUGUUCCCUCAAAGCUUGUUCGUGUGUAAAUAAAUCCUAUAGUUAACGGUUAAAUACAGAAUUUAUGGCAUGCAUGUAAAAAUUGCAGUGGAGUGAGUUUUUGUAAAUUUGAGUUUUAAUCCUUUGGGGUCACUACUAUAUAAUAGUUAUGUCAGGAACAUUUAAAAGAUGGAAUUAAGUAGUUGUGAAAGAAUUGGCGAGGGGAGUUUUUAAUUUAGUCAAAAACAAGUUCUACCUUACCUUAUAACUAUGCUCAAGCUCAGGCAGGAUUCAAAUACCAUAUAUAUAUAUAUAUAUAUAUAUAUAUAUAUAUAUAUAUAUAUAUAUAUAUAUAUAUAUAUAUAUAUAUAUAUAUAUAUAUAUAUAUAUAGUUCAAUUUGUUUUUCACAUUUUAUUUAUUGAAAUUAACCUGUAUAAUGUACUAUUAGUUUUUAAUGCAAGCUCAUAUCCUUACACGUUUGUUUUUUAUUUGGAAGCAGACACGACGGAGUUCUCUUGUUCGUAGUAUUUCAAAGGCCGUCAGCAGUACACGUUCUGCGAAAAUUCGCACAAGUGAUGAAUUGUUUGGUAAUGAUCCUGAUCUGGCAGAGGUACGAUUUAGCUUAAUUUUAACAUGGAUACUGAUAUGUAAGAGUUAGAUACCGAAAACGGAGGCUCUUAGUCAGAUACAAACCCGAGGGGCCGUAGGCCCCGAGGGAUUUAUCUGACUAAGAGCCGACGUUUGAGGUAUCUAACUAACUUAGUUCAUAUUUUUAAGGAUUGACCCACAAUGAAAUUUACUUUAUGAUAUGUAUUGUUCUUUAAAUGAGUUUGAAUUACCAUGGUUGUAAUAAAAACAAACAGGGCUAUUUUGAUAUGCAUCAAUUCUCGUGUCGCACUACUGUAUACUAUCAAUGAGAAGUGAUUAAAUAUUCGUUCACCAACCACAAUUACGAUGAAAUAUGUUUGAAAUAGCUCAUACAACCGAGAAGAGCUAACGAAGAUUUGUACGGGUUUGUCGAAGCAGAGAUUCUCAAGUUGUUCUCAACAGGGUUUUAUUUGCAGGAUAAAAACCAAAUGGGAGGUCUUUCAUUGAAAUUCAAGACCGAGGCGUGCAGCACCGAGGCUUGAAUUUCAAUGAAAGACCGACCAUUUUUUAUUGUCCUUGGGAGGUUGUGGGACGAAAUAAGGUUGAACAUGCGCAUUAAACACGCUUUAAUGUGGUUGAGCAUGCGUAGUAUAUCAUUUCGCGUCCCACAAGCGAAAGAGCAGAUAUUACUGUAUAAAUUCCUUGCACAAGCAAGUUUAAUGGUCCGUUCAGCUAGUCCUCGUGCACCGAAUGAUAAAUAUUCUACCCAAAGGUAGAGUUUGACGGGCUUUGAGGUACACGGCUGUUGUCUCUUUCUCGACUCAGAGACGUGCAGCGUUUUCUAGUCGAAAAGGAGAUGUGGGGUUUGAGUCUGGUUAAAAAUUCAAGGUAUCUAACUCCAUAGUGACCUCCAAAAGGGGUCACUAUGGAGUUAGAUACCUUGCAUUUUUAAUUAGGCAUUCAAUUCUAUUCAUCAACCCCGCUUUUCCCUGUGGAGAUAUCAAAUCCCUCCCCUUGCUUUUAGAUUCUUACCCAAAUAAAACCCUAUUGAGAACAAUAGAUAUCCGCACAAAUAUGAACUAAGACCAGAUAAGAACACCAAUGAUGCAUGUGAACAUCAGCUGAACUUAAAUACUAAUUGUGAUUUGAAAAAGUCACUGAAAAUAUUUACAUCUGGUAUAGGUCCCUUGACCACGACCAUUUAUUUGCCAAUAUUUUGCAAAGCGUUUGAUUUUACUGCUUGAAUUCUAUCAAUAAGGAUAUAAGACAAGAAUUUUAUUCACAGCACCUUUUAUAUUAAUUAAAACUCUGGUAUUUUACCCGCACGUCACAACUUUGAGGGCAAUAUACUAUAUAAUAGUUAUGUCAGGCCAAGGUCGUAGACACUGUGGGGGGGGGGGACUCAGUUGUUUGUGGUAUUGCAUGUAUUGACUUGGAACUUUACUCGCAGGUCGCUAAGGUGGAAUGUUGGCUUAUAUAAUUUGUCUUGAUGAAAAUCUGAUGGUGAAUCUGUUGUAAUACAAUUUUACAAUUUUUUGUUGUUUCUGUUUCGUUUCUGAUGAGGCAAUUAUUCAGUGAAGUGGAAGUGAACAGGCUUGUUCUCAGUCUGAUUUUUUAUUGGUAUUCAUACAAUGUUUCAAAAGUUGUUGAGAGUAUCAGGGGAUAUAUAUGCAUAUUAUUACAAACACAUAUCUCCCUCCCCCCCCCCUCCCCAUUCAAUGUUGUUUACCCGAUCGUGCACGAAACUCCGGAAAGUGCUACCAGAAGUUACGGACAAAAUGGCCAUCGCUUGUAUAUAAGUUUCCAUCAUGACUUGUCAAGUACAACGGCCUUCUAUUUUUAACAGAGAAUACAUAGGGUGGAAACGUUUAACCUGAAAUUAUGGCAAUCCAGGAGUUCCGCUGCAAUUUGCCGACCUGGUAAUCAAUAAAGCUUUUAUUUUCGAACUUUUGGCAUAUUAGGGAGCUUAAGCAAGCGACGUUAUUGUCAACACGGAUGUCAGAUAACCAAGGGGGACUGGAUUAAGAACUGUUUUGGGUCCGUUUGUGGUAAUCUGACAAAGCAUAACAUUACGAGGACUAUGAUGCAAAAUUCCAGCACGAGCUCCACCUUUGAAUUUACUAUAUGAGUAAAUUCUUAAACACGUCCGAAUUUAUCAUUAUGAUAAAUUCGCGGCACAUUUUGAAUUUAUCAUAAUGAUAAUAAAUUUGCGGCACCUAACCCCUAACACUAACCCCAACCCUAACCACUAACCGGAUAACCCUAACCCUAAUUUAACUUUUUUAACUUUUGUUUUCUUUUUUAAACUUUUUUAAAACUUUUCUAAAACUUUUUUAAACUUUUUUCUUGAAAAUCUUGAAAAUCUUCUAAAUUAGUUAUACCAAUUUUCGGGUGACGUCUGUGUUGCGCUUGCAUGAUUCAUCUCGGUUAUGGGCGGCCAAAUGAGUAUUCGUUGCUCACAUGCACUUUUGUCCAUGUUUGGACUCUAUUAGCAACAUAUUUUGAAUCGGGUCGGUAUUGAAUAGGAGUCUAAAACACCAAGCAAUAUUGACCAAGAUCUAGUUUAAUUGUUCUUUAGAUUUCGAAAUAAUUUAGUAGUAUAGCUCGCCUCAUUAAUUUUCAGAACAUACAAAUACAUUAGAUUCUAUGAAUUUAUUUAAGUAUAAACGCUUUCGCUAACAGCCCUUGUCAAAAUCUAUUUUUUAUAUUAAAUAACAAAUUAAUUUUAAAAAUCCAUUGAAAUUUUCGAAUGCAAUAAAUCCUAUAUUUAACGGUUAAGUACAGAAUUUAUAGCAUGUGAAAAUUGCUGUGGAGUAAUUUUAUUGUACAUUUGGGUUGUAAUCCUUUGGGUUUGCUGCUAUAUAAUAGUUAUGUCAGGCUCAUGUAAAACAGGGAAUUAAUUAGCUUAUGAAAGAAUUGGUGAGGGAAUUUAGCUAUUAAUUUAGUCAAAAACAAGUUCUACCUUACCGCAUAUGUACAUCAAAUUAGCAUGAUGACUAUGCUCAAUAAAUUAAAUUCUGAUAUGAAAUUCUGAUAGCAUGAUAAAUCAAAUUCUGACUUAAACCAAAUCAAUGAUUGGUUCGCCAGUAACAAACUGCGGCACCUUCCUACUAAAACUAAGUAGAUGAUUAUGGGAUCGUCAUACAAUCUAACUAAUGAAAGCUCACGACUAUCCUGUGUUCUUGAACAACACACCUCUUUGUAGAACUAUAUAGCUCUUUCGAAUGUCUGGGUGUAUUACUAGAUGAAAACCUCAAAUGGGAUAAACAGAUCGAAAAGAUAUUGAAAAAAGUUGGAUCUGGCAUUGCAAUGUUGCAAAAGGCUAACCAUUUCAUUCCAGUACGCUCACUCCAAAUGAUUUACAAUGCCUUGAUUUAACCUUAUUUUGAUUACUGUUCUCCACUAUGGGAGAUUUGUGGCACUCAACUGCUUGAUAAACUAGAGAAAUUUCAAAAUCGUGCGGCAAGAAUAAUUGCUGGCGCAAGUUACGAAAUUGAAUCUGCUGUUGUUCUUGAAACUCUUGGUUGGGAAAUUUUAAAAAGUAGAAGACAGAAGAUGAAGUCUAUUCUUCUGUAUAAAAUUCUAAAUGAUUAUACUGCUCCUAACUUGAAACGGAAUCAUUGACUGGGAGUAGUUUAACGCAAGCGAACUAUAACUUAAGAUAUAGCUAUACUGAUUUAGCUUUCCCAAAACCGAGAAGGGAAUUCCUAAAAAAAAGUUACAGCGGGGCAAAGCUUUGGAAUAGCCUUUCUCGGAUUCGAAGCAAAAGAGGCACGAUCAAUCCACAUUUUCAAACAAAAUAUUAAUCUUGAUUUUGUUACUAAUGCUAAUGUAUGGGUCACACCUCCUGUAUUCAGCACGCACUCUUAUAAAUAGUUUUUCUUUGUUUAUACGUAUAUUCUUGUAAAUAUUUUGUAUAUAAAUUGACGACGCCCUUCAUCAAAAGUAACGUAUGUUGAUGAGGCUAGCGUCUUGAAAUAUUUUUUUACGAUACGAUACGAAGCUCAAGAUUCAAAUACCAUAUAUUGCUCAAUUUGUUUUUCACAUUUUAUAUAUUGAAAUUAACGUGUAUAAUGUACUAUUAGUUUUAAAUGCAAGAUCAUACCCUAAUAAUUAUGACCUUCUAGGAAUGAAUCUAAUCAGUACACGUUUAUUUCUUAUUUGGAAGGAGGCGUCGCGGAGAGCUCCUCCUUCUUUUCAACCAAGUACCGUUGCACGUUCUGUUUCUGACAAAAGUGAUGAAAUUAUAUGUGGUGAAUAUGAUUAUUCUGAUGGAGAGGUAUGAUUUAGCUUAAUUUUAACAUGGAUACUGAUGUGACUAUAUGACUAUAUUGAAAUUAACGUGUAUAAUGUACUAUUAGUUUUAAAUGCAAGAUCAUACCCUAAUAAUUAUGACCUUCUAGGAAUGAAUGUAAUCAGUACACGUUUAUUUCUUAUUUGGAAGGAGGCGUCGCGGGGAGCUCCUCCUUCUAUUCAACCAUGGACCGUUGAAAUUACAUGUGAUACUGAUAUGACUAGAUAAGAACACCAAUGAUGCAUGUGAACAUCAUCUAAACUUAGAGACUGAUUGUGAUUUGAAAGAGGUACUGAAAAUGUUUACAUCUGGUAUAGAUCCCUUGACCACGACUAUUUUUAGCAAUGCUUUUGAUUAUAAGACAAGAUUUCUAUUCACAGCACCUUUUAUACCAAAACUCUGGUAUUUUACCCGCACGUCACAACCCUUUAAGGUUACAGGACACCCUUUUUGGCGUCUUAUACGGAAAAUCGCUACUGCGCGCUCAAUAUCAGUUCGAUUUUCAUCAAAUUUUCAUCAAAUGUUCUCCAGUGCAUGCAAAAUAUGGUAAAGUUGUAAAAUUAACAAACAAUAAAAUAAUGUAAGAAUUAUUCAGGAAAAUCUUAAAUCGCAGUAUCGUUACGCUUUUGAGUUGUGCUCUUGCUGGUUUUAAGUUAUAUUUAUGAAAAUAUCAUUUUUAUACAGUAAAAUAGUUGUUCUAAAAAAUUGUGUUCGGAAAUUUUUGUUUAUUUCGUCAUUCCGCUGAUAUGGCGAUUUCUUUGACGACUGCAAUAUAUUUCUGAAUUGUUUGAGUGAAUUGUUCUUUAUUUUUAAAAUAUCCAAAAUUUUAAGAAAGCCGAACACAAUUUUGAAACCGACGUCUUUAGCUAUGUCCUGUGAAAAUUUGAGGAAAAAAUGGUUAAAACCCGCAGGAGCACAACUCGUUUGAAAAUCAGUAAUUACCGCAAAAAUAUUUCGGGAGAAAAUUGAAUUUGAAUAUUACAUUUUCAAUGUUUUUCUUAUUGCAGCGAAAUGUUUUUUAUUAAAUAACUCUGCGAGUUUUCAACAUUUUUCGUUUAAACUUGGUCAGAUAGUAGAACUAUUAGAAGUAUUGCAUGUAUUUACUUGGAACUUUACUCGCACGUCGUUGAGGAGGAAUGUUGGCUUAUAUAAUUUGCCUUGUUGAAAAUCUGAUGGUGAAUCUGUUGUGUUGGAAAUUGAUGUUAUUUUGGUGUAGACAUUUAAUGUAUUUUGGAGGACAACAAUGGACAUUUAGAGUUUGUAGGGGAUUGCGGAACAUGUGCAAGGAAACGGGGGGGAAUGAAAAUGUUGUGACUGUGACUUGGGAUUUUGAAAACAGCGAGUUUGAAUUAUAGUUUAUUUUCUAUUAAAUUGUAAAAUACAUUUCGUGUCCCGUACUUAUUUGGAGGCACAAUUCGGAAUUGUUUUCGAAAAAAAUUCUAUUUUUUGUUGUUUUUGUUUCGUUUCUGAUAAGGCAAUUAUUCAAUGAAGUGGAAGUGAACAAUACUUCAGGCUUGUUCUCAGUCUGAUUCUUUAUUGCAUGGUAUUGGAAAUAAUAAUGUUUCAAAAGUCGUUGAGACACUUGCGGUUUUAGAGUAUCAGGGGAUAUACAUGCAUACUAUUACAAACUCUUAUAUCUUCCUUUUCUCCCCCUCCCCAUUUAAUGUUGUUUACCCGAUCGUGCACCAAAAUGCUAUACCAGAAAUUAGGGACAAAAUGGCCACCGCUUGUACAUAAGUUUCCAUCAUGACUUGUCAAGUACAACGGCCUUCUAUUUUUAACAGAGAAUACAUAGGGUGGAAACAUUUAACUUCAAAUUAAAGGCAAUCCAUGGUUCCGCUACAAUUUGCCGACCUCGUGAUCAAUAAAGCUUUCAUUUUCGAACGUUUUCCAUGGUGGCAUAUUAGAGAGCUUAAGCAAGCGACGUUUCGAGGGGAGACUGGAUGAGAACUGAGUUUGUAUCAGUUUAUGAUAAUCUGACAAAACAUAACAUUAAGUUUUUUAAUUUUUUUUUGCUUCCUUUCACGAGCGCUAUGAUGCAAAAUACCGCCAAAAUUAGUUCCACCAAUUUUUGGGUAACAUGUGUGUUGACAGGAACGUCGCUUGCUUAAUCUCGGUUACGUGCGGCCAAUUUAUGAUGACCGCCUUGUAGAGUAUCUUCACAAGUUUUAUUUUCUCGUGUGUACGGCAAAAUAUUGACAAUUUUGCCUUGCCAAGGAGUUUUUUCGAAAGCUAGUCAUGCCAGUUUUUGAACAAGGAAAAUUUGUUUGUGUGUAUGGCCGCGAAGGAAAACUUCACAAGUGUACAAGAAAUACUUCAAUGCUAUCGGCAGACAAAAGGCGGCCUUCACGUGAGAUGAAUGUCGUUUAAAAAUUAACAUUCCCUGCACACUUCAGCAACAAAACUUGUCAAGGGAAACUUGUUGAUCGUACACACGAGAAAGUAAACUUAAUAUAUGACUGGAUACAAAACUCAGUAUGAGCAUCAGCUGAAUUAUUAAACUAAACCAAAUUUUAAAACUCCACUGAAAUUUUCACAUGCCAUAAAUCCUAUAUUUAACUGUUAAACACAGGAUUUAUGGCAUGUGAGAAUUUCAGUGGAUAAUUUUUUGUAAAUUUGAGUUUAAAUCCUUUGGGAGGCACUACUAUAUAAUAAAUAUGCCAGGCACUUUUGAAACAAUUGGUGGAGGAAAUUCUUAAAUUUAGUCAAAAACAAGUUCUAUCUACCAUAUAGAACCAUAUAGGUAUCGAAUUAGCAUGAUGACUAUUACUCAAGCUCAGGAUUCAAACACCAUAUAUAGUUCAGUUUGUUUUUCACAUUUUAUUAAUUAAUAUUAAAUACAGGUAUAUGAUUUACUAUUAUUUUAAAUGCAAAACGAAAUGGCGGUGCCUAUAAACGCAUUCCGCAAACGGAAAUUGAAUCUACGGAUAGAGAGCUUUGCAAAAUAAACUUGGUGUUUUCACAAAACAACAUCUUAUGACUUUUAUGGAGAUGUAAGGACAAUUAGUAAUCCAUCGAAACGUGAAAUAAUUAGAAAGGAUCUUUCUGUUCCUAUGCGGGAAAGAAGAACAUGUAACUUAAUGAUCCAUCGAAACAUACAAUGAAAGUAGGCCUACAAGACAAACUAUGCAACUAUAUUGCUGCCAUCAAUACGAGCGACAUUUGUGAACGUUAUAACGUUCUUUAAGUUCACAUGAAAAUUAUCCCGAAAGAGGUUCAAGUUACUAUUUGCUGGAGAUAGGAAAUUAGUUCUAUCUUGGAUCGAUAAUAUGACUAUAUAGAUAAUAAUUUUGAUAGUAUGAGCAUCAGCUAUAGAGAAAGUGAGAUUUCAAAAAAUUUGCUGAAGCUCUUUCUUUAGGGGGGGGGGGGGCAUAAAAGAGAAUGUACAGAUUCAACUAUAAUUAAGUACUUAAAAUGGAAACUGAAUUACAUGCACUAAAGGUGCAUGUGAACAUCAUGCAGCUGAACUUAAAGAAAUAGUGAUAAGGAUAUUGCCAUAAAAUUGCUGCUUGACUCGCGUCUGGUCGAUGCUGCACCCGACGUGUUGUUGAAUUCCUCCCAGACGGUUUAAAAUUCUUGAACCCAGCCGAUCUCGCAAUUACAUUUGAAAACACUCUACCCAAUACUGAACCUAAAUUAGGUACCUAAAAUGGAAACUGAAUUACAUGAGAAUAAAUAACGCUGAGUCAUAUAUACUUUCCAAUAUUUUUUAACCAGCAGUAGCUAUAAAAUAACAUUUACGUUCUUUUAUUCAGCCUAGCACCGACACAAGUGAUGAAGAGGUAUGAUUGAGCAUAAUCUUAAAACAUGGAUGCUGAUAUGACUAUAUAUGAGAACACCAAUGGUACAUGUGAUCAUCAUCAGCUAAACUUAAUUUAAAGAGUAAUUGUGAUUUGAAAAAGUCACUGAAAAUGUUUACAUCUGGUAUCGGUCCCCUGUCCUCUACUAUUUAUUCGGCAAAGUUUUUUAUUAUACUGCUUGAAUUAUAUCAAUAAAAAUAUAAGACAAGCUUUCUAUUCGCAGCACCUUUUAUACCAAAACUCUGGUAUAAUUAUGUUUACUCCGAACUUUUCCCACAUGUCACAACUCUUCGAGGGCACCAUAUAUACUAUAAUAGUUAUGUCAGGCGCGUUUAAAGGGGGGAGACUUAUGAAAAGGUUGGUGGGAGGAGUUAUUAAUUUAGUCAAAAUCAAGUUAUCGAAACGGAAAACUGCAAAGGUCUUAUAUGAUUUCAUUUUUUAGGAAGCUACAAUGGCUGGAAUUGCAAAAUCGAUGUUCAAGAGUAAGUAAUUUUGUAGAUAGCGUGACACCCUUCUGCAUGGACCUUUAUAGUUGAUGAGAAUAAAGUUUACCUACGUACCUACAUAUAUAUACCUAUCUACCAACCCUGAUCAAAUCAAUUUUAUUGCCGAUUUCUGGUCACUUUUCAAAGAGCGGAUCUGAAAUUUGUUUCUAAACAUUCCCAAUUACGGUUCUUAUUUUGUAAGCAACUUGCGAAGUUGGCUUUGCAAUUUCAACUCUCAAUAUUCCAAACUAAGAAACGUACUUGGGAAUAUUCACGACAAAACUCGGAAAUCGGCAUGCUGUGAAAAGUAACGUGAAAUCGACAAUAAUUAUAUUAUAUGUAUAAUGUGCUGUUACGAUGAUCUGCUGUUUAUCUUAUUCCAGCUCCUUCAAUGCGACCAGACCUGGUAAAGGAGAUCAUCACCACUGACGGGGGUGUUAUAGCUAUCCAGGACAUUAUACUUAAAAUAGGUCCCGGAUGUCUGGCUAAAGACACAGAAAUUACGUUGAGGAAUAGUGAUAAGGUUAUUGCCAUCAAAUCACUGCUCGAUUUGCGUCUGGUCGAUACUGCCCCACGUGUUGUUGAAUUCCUCCCAGACGGCUUGAAAUUCGUGAAACCAGCUGAUCUCGCAAUCGCAUUUCAAAACACUGUCUCCAAUACUGAAUUUUUUAUCCUACAUGGCUCUUACAACUCUAUCUACCAGAAGAUCGUUUGGGAACUGGUAACUAAUGGUGUCGAAGAACGCAAUGAGGAAGGGGUUUGUAACACGAAAAUUAACGGUUUCUGUUUUUACAUGUUUAUUUUGUCGACGCGCGGAAUGUUAGCUCGGAUCUUGAGUCAUCUCAAUCACUCAUUUACAUGUCGUGCAUACGCCCUCUAUCGUAGAUUAUCUACGAUGGAAACUAUAGAUAUAUCCGUGGUCUUAUUAAGUGAAUUUGCCGAUGAUGAUAAAGGAGAAGAUAUUCAACAAUUAAAAGAUCAUCUCGACGUAGGUUACGUUAAAGGAGAAAAAGGAAUGUUGAAGCGCGUCCACACAGAUCGUCGUCUUGAAAUGAGUUUACAAUUUCCUGGAGUCGAAAACACUCCUUUCUCGUUCAUUGUCGAUCAGCCUCAACUGGACUCUGUGGGUUUCGUUAUCGAUCAUUUUCAAGAAAUUGCAAUAAAGAGUCCAGCAAGUGGAAAAGUGAAGAUAAGCGAAGUACAUCGCAGGGACGAAAAUGAAUCAUUGUGGAGAAUGAAUAUUCGUGAGAUGGAAGAGAAAAUUAAAGUUGAAGUAGCUGAAGGUAAUUUAAAAUUUAGCAGUCUUGUUUUGAAAAGUAUGAGACAUUCUGUGUCGUUGUUUUUACUUAUAAUGCAGUUAACUUACCCAAUGAGUUCACAAACUGAUACGCGUCAGACAUUGGAUACUUUUCGAAACACGAUUAACUGUGAAAAAGUUCUAGAUCUCUUUAUUUUCGAUCAGACUUUAUCUUAUUUGAUCUUUACUUUGAUAAGUAAAAAUUUUGAAAUCCUUAUCCUGUCAGAGUUGAGCAGAUCUCUGAUCCAGUUGGUCAGGGUCACUGAACUAUAGUUCACUGGUCAGGGUUCGAGUCGGUCAGAUCUCUAACCUACGAAGCCUUCGUGUCGGACACCCUAUAGUAAGCCUUGAGUGAUAGUCAGAUGCAUGACAAUCGCUUACCCGAAAUGUCCUACAACGUUAAAAAUUCUUAGCUGGUGUUAUCUUAAAUAGAUUUUUUUUUAUUUUGCAAGCAGGAUAUGUACCUUCUCACACCCUUGGCAGUACGCGAAGGUCGGUUGCAAUCAGUAGCGAGCUAGCCAUAGCAAGAGGCCAUGCUAUGGAAAAUUUUAAUUAUUUGCAUUAUUCAAACCCUUAGAAAUGUAGUGUCUUUAACCUAUUUAUUACCAUAGCAUGACCAGCAAUAUAUGGCAAAUACGGUUAAAGAGCUGAAACGCAUCAUGCAAAAGCUUUACUAGAGAGUCUUCUUUCAAUUUAAACUUAAAUAAUACUGUAAAGUUGAACACUUUUCUUGCCGGAAUGUACUCCUAAUAUUUUAAACUUUACUGUUACAGCAUUUUACUUAGUCUUUGUAUAGUUCGGUUUUAAUGUGGAGUAGGUAGAACACUAUGGUAUGUAAUAAUAUCACCCUCUUGAAAUCAGUAUCUUAUCUUACGUCAUAGCAGCCAUGUUGAUAUAGUAUUUCAAUAAAAGAAUUCAUUAUCUUUCAUUGAAUGUGGCAUCAAUAUGACCACUGAUUUCCUUUGCUUUUUCAUUCCUGACUCCUGAGAGAUUGGUUGCAAACCACCCUAUUUGAAUUAUUUUCAAACACUUUUGCUAAAGCUAGAACUAAACCUCUUUCGAGACUUUCAUUUGCUUAUCCAGAAAAGAAUCCGUACGGAUUUUUUAUGUAUCAUCGUCAUACUCAACCAAUUAAAUCGCUUGAAUUCUGUCGAUCAUUAUAUAAACGUACGAAGUUACAAAAUGUAACACAUUGUAUAUGGUAAAGAAUAUAUUAUUUUAUAUUUCAUUGUAUUAUAUCGUACUAUGAUUUAUACUCCGCAGUGCUAACAUAUUUCUUAUUUUAAUUUUAGUACAAUACUCCGCGCCAAACCCUGAACCAGAAGGUAUAUUAGACGUCUUGUCUGGACGGAUAUGAAUGAUUCCAUAUGAAUGAUUUCAAAUUCCAUAGAUCCUCUAUUAAGGCCUAAUUCCACGACGAACGCACGCGCAACAUGAUUUUGGAGUGUUUCUUUGCAAAAUAUUUCUCUUCGCCGGGUAUUUGAAUUCGUUUCUACACGUUGCGAAAUGGAAAUAGCAAAGCCAAUCAAACGCUUAUGUUUUGGCAAAUUUUUUCUCUGUUGUUGAAAUCACUACGAGAGAAAAUUUUCGCACAAGCGUGUUUUCGCGCGAAAUAUUUUGCAUUUCGACUCUUUCUCAGCAGGGUCCAUUACGCGUAGAACGUGCACGUUCUACGGAUGUUUCGUUUAUAUCUUCGGUUCAGUACACGCUAUGUAGAUGAAAAUACCACCAUUCUAAUUUAUAACGAUAGUUUUAGUCACUGGCUACAUUGUAGCGAUUUAUAAGCUUUGAAAGUCAAACGGGCUUAUAUAUGAUCAAAUUACACAAUAUUACUAACAAAUUAUAAACAUAGACAUACCGAACAUCGCCGAACAUAACUAGACUUCGGCCCCUUGAGACGUAUGCUCAUUCUUGUAUUCUUGAUGAAUAAAGCAGUUAAAAAUAACACGUAUAGUGUUAUUUUCAAGCUUCUAUCUUUAAAACGUGAGUUUUCUUGCCGAAUUUUGCAUUUCUGCCCGAAUUUGCGUUAAUCCCAAACCGGAAAUACGACGAAAACCCGUCAAAACAAUGCGUAGUUUGUAUCGCGUGACUCUGGAAAUGCCAGGAAUGGAUUCUACAGGUCAAAGUGCACCCAUACGCGUGAGUUUGACGUCAUCCCGGCUAAAGGGAGCUCCUUAUUGGCCAAGUAUUACGUAAUACAAGCGCGUGCGAGUAAAACCCGAUACCUUGAAAAAUUCAAAAUAAAUAUUUCUACUCGCCGUAUUCAUACGAAACUUUCUAUGCUAAAGCGCUUGAAUACAAAGAGUAUUCUGCACAUAUAUCCUUUCAGAAAAUGACGCCAAAUUUUAGAAUAUAUUCAACUUUUUCUCUUUUUCCGUUUGAAUGGUUGGCGAAGCUGUGAGUAUAAAUAUAUGAAUGUUUCGGUUUGUGUAAUGUUUUGACGGCACUUGACCCCCCGUUCGAAAGGUUAUAUUGUGAGGAUUUCAAUGGUGGCAUUUAAUUCAAAGGGGGGGUAAAUACUCGCCGAGAUGUUUUUAUUAGAAAAAAUGAAUCGAAAUGUAAUACGAAACCGGUUGUCGAGAAAGAGUAAACCCUCUCCCGCAUGACUUUUUAUUUCAGUCGUAGAUAAGUGGUUAAAGAGAAGGAUGGUACCGGUUUGUUAAAUUUUUUCCUUUCAAGAUUAAGUAUGAUAUUAAUCACAUGCACCAUAGAAAAUAACAUUUGUUUUCCAUUUCUAGUUGUGUAUUCGAACAUAAAACUCACAAAUGGAGAAAUAACUCGAAUGAGCCGCAAGGUUGGACUUGAUUGGGACAGCUUGGCAGGACUCAUGAAUAUUCCGUAUUCUGAGCGAGAGGAAAUUAGAGUCGACUACGGGAAUUAUCUGAGCAUUUCGUCGAAAGCCGAAAAAGUUUUCGAGCUUUUUAAUGACAGCACGUUUUUCGAUCGUCAUAUUCUUGUAAAAUACUUCAAGGAACUGGGUCGGCACGAUUUGGAAAAAGAAAUGCUUCCUGUGGAAGACCAGGUAUUUCAUGAUGAAGAGUUUUCUUUGCCCCAUAUAGUGUUAUAUACAUACUGGAGCUGUCCUCCCAAUAUUAAAUGUUCUUCGUUAUAAAAAAAAACUACAGUGUCUGUGUACUCUCUUUCUACAGUAUAUCGUUUUCUAAGUGUAUAUGUAUAUCACGCUUAUGCCUUUACUUAGAUAUUAUAAUACUGUGAAGUAACUGCAUGGCUUCGUCUAUGCUUCCUUGUUUAUAUAAGUUUCAUUUUGUUCAACAAAAAGAGUGUUGGAAUACCAUGCAUGGUUUGGUAAUUAUUAAUUAUAAUUUCGGUUUGCCUGAAAAAGUUGGUUUCUUUUUCUGGGUAGAACGUUUCAUACCGUCAUCUAUUUUCCAUUUACACCUUUACCAUGUUUUAGAGCAUUUUAAAAUUUAUAACGUAACCAGCCCAAUGAUUUAGUUCCGCUAUGCAAAUUUCAAUUCAUUAUCAUCAUUCAUUUCUUUAUAAAUUUAUUGUGUUGAUAGUUUAUAAACAUGACAAUAUUUGCAUAGCGGGACUGAAUCAUCGGGCUGCCUACGCCACAGCUAUGAGGAAAUAACGUGCAUCUUGAUCCCGAACGGGAGUUUCUAAUCAAAAUUUCCCAUCCUAAUUUGCACGAAUUCAAAGCAGACGAGUUUUUGUUGUUAAUGAUAACCAACCAAUGAACCAGAUUGCUUUUCUCUAAACAGAAUGAAAGUGAAGAAAUAGAAACAUCACCAACGCCACCUGUACUCAUCGAGGAAGAUUUACUACACACACCUCUCUCCCCACGUGAAAUAUCCAGACUUGGCCGACGCAUUGUGGUUGAGUGGGACCACCUCGCUGGUCUUAUGGAUAUACCCAGAGCAGAAAGAGAUGAUAUUCGAUAUAGCCUCAUAUACAAUGACAAUCGUUCUCGAGCCGAGAAAAUUUUAACCAUUUUCAACAACAAGGAAGACUUCUCACGGGAAAAGCUGGCUCGCUGCUUAGAAGAAAUCCAACAGUUAGACUUGAUCAAACCAGUUAUCACAGGGGAGUGGAGAAACUUAUGA